GCACGUUUCCUUCGCUUCUGUGUUCCACUGCUCCUGAAAUCUGAAGCGGCCUCCCUCUUUCUCUCUCCUCCGGCGAAGUGCCAUUGCGCGAAGCCCUACCUCUCUCUCUACGGCGGAUUGGUCGCCUUCUGGCCUCCCUCUCUCCAUUUCUCCUCUUGGAUUCUAUGAGUGCUGCGUGCUCGGCUAUUUUUCUGUGUCGAAGAGUUAUUGCGAGGUGUUAAGAGUCCUUCGGAGGUUUUCAGUGCGAAAGUCUUGAAAGGUGGGGUAGCAGCACGGGAUUGCAUUAUUUUUGGCCUGUGAGCUGAUACUGAAGGGGUUUAUCUUAUUUUCUCGUGCGAGAACUGCUUCGUAGAUCAAACACUUCUUGCUCCGUGAUUUAGUAAUGGAAUCUGAAGCACUGAAAACUCCUUCCUUUGAGAAGGUUAGAAGUUCUGAAUCAGAUGGAAUGGGGAUUGUCAAGACGGGGUCUUUAACUAAGGUGGAAGAAGUGAACGGUGGGCAAAACGUUUACGGUCUUGAUCCUUCUAUUGAAUUCAUUGACGGAAAGGAAGUUUGUCCAGCAACUCCUUCUACCGACAGAGAAAGUUUAGAUCUUCCAUGCUCUCCUGAUCGCUCUGAGGACCAAGAGACCUUUUCAGGCAGCCAGACUCCUAAAGAGCACAUCUUUGAUCCGUUUGCUCCCUUGCCACAAGAACUACUUUUUGCCCCUAAGAAGAAGACUCCUGAGGGAACUCAUAUCCCUCUUCGCCGGCAGCUUAACUUCGAUGAUUGUGGUGAUCUCGGUCAAAUAAAAGACAAUGUUCGUGAUGAUGAACUCUCAGAGUUAGUUUAUCAAUCGUUUCUUGAGUUAAUCGUUUCAAGUCAGUUGCAUGGGAUAUCUGCACAUAAGAAGUCGGAUCCAUACAAAAACUCUGAUCAUCUCAACACGCCAGUCUCAGCAGCUUUCCUAACAGGUAUUGCCGAAACAUGCCCGCCUGCUCCCAAGAGACAACCAGCGAAAUCAAGGAAAUGCAAUCCUGGAGUAUGCCGAAAGCUUGACUUUUCUGGAUCUUUGACUUGAUAUGGCAACUCGCUUAACAGAAUCUGCAGGCGAGGAGUUCUAUUUAUGCUACCCAACUUAUUUGAAGUGUUGAAAGAUUAUUCAAUAGUUAGUGUUAUUAGGCGUGUUCUAUCUUGGUCAGAUUAGAUUAUAUUAGUGCAUGAUAGAUGUAAAAAUUAGUAACAUUAAGUGCCGCUUAUAAUUGUAGUUUAGUCAUGCUUCCUGAUUGAAGUUGUAGUUUUGAGCCUACAUUCUGUAAAAUUGUUGGUGGCAUUAGGAGAGUCAAUAGUCUCAUUUAAAUUGGAAGAACAUUACAUGACUUCCCGAGGCCGCAACUCUUGUAAUUGUGUUUGGAGGUCUUUAUUCUUAGGACUAAAGUCCAUCUAUUGGAAGAUGUUUUAUGUCUUGUUAUCCUUGUGAAUUAUGCAUAGUUGAGGGUAGCUAAUUUCUAAACGUUUGCCGUGUUCUAUAGUGAUUUGCCUUUGAUUGAGAAUUGUUAUCA